UGUUUAAUAACAAAAUAAUAGCUAGCAGCUAGUAACAACAAAUAGGUAACUACCGCCGGUAAAGUAAUUUCAACUUUUUAAAACCGUCAUAUUAGCAUUUGUAUGCAACGUUCAUGAUAAUAUCAUUGUGACUUAUCGAUAAGUAUCAACAAUACCUAUUAGAUAACCGAUAACACAAGUUUUUAAUUUGUCUUUGAUUAAUUUCAAUUGUGUUUACAUAAGGUGCUUGCAACAAAACAAACCGGUAUUUCGAAAUUCAAAUACUUUCACAUUAUUAGCUAUUGUUGUUGAAGUAUAAUAUUUUAAUGAGUACAUUACUGUUCAGGACUGCGACAAAACCAGUACUCCAGUGUUUGUUCCGAUAUUCGACAAAGACCACUAGAAAAAUGCCUAGUCUGUUAACAAAAGAACAACGGGAUGAGCUGUUGGCUCCAUUAUUUUCCAAUAAGUGGACUAUGGUAAAGGAAAGAGACGCUAUUUACAAAGAAUUCUUGUUUGCUGACUUUAUCCAAGCAUUUGGGUUUAUGACUCAAGUUGCAAUUAAAAGUGAAAAGAUGAAUCACCACCCAGAAUGGUUCAAUGUUUAUAAUAAAGUACAAGUCACGUUGGCUACUCAUGACGUGAGCGGACUAUCUACUAACGAUGUAAAUCUUGCCACAUUUAUGGACAAAAUCGAGAAAAAAGUUUAGAGACUUGUAGUAUAUUAUAAAAUAUCUACUUGUAUAAUAUAUAUACUUAGGAUUUAAAGAAAAAAACAAAAUAUGGACACUUAUUUAAUAUAUUAUAAGAUAUAUAUCAGUUUGACCGAAAACCUGCAUGAAAUCGGACACAUCGCGAGCAAACUACCAGGAGUCGAUACAAUAGCAAAAAUAUUGUUACAUCCCAUUUCAUUUCCAUCCAUACAACUUCAUCACUGUUUUUAGUAUUAACAUCAAUGAUCACCUGUCGUCGAUUAACAGAAAUAAUUAGAUAUAUUUUUAUUAUUGUUAUUAGACAACAGUUUACAAAAAGAACAAUUUUACGUUCUCGGUAUUUCGUUCAGAAAUUCUAAUAAUUGGAGAAAUCUCAUUUAUCAUAAUAUAAAAGUUCAAUUGAAUAAAUCAGAAUGUUUAACUAAUUUAUAAAAGUAAUUGUAUUUUCAAAUCUCGAUUACUUAUAAAUGUUGGAGAAAUAUAUUUCCAGGUCAGACUACGAUAAA